CAAAUGUCAUUAGUGUCAAAAUGACCAGAAAGUGAGGUUAGAUGUGAGCCCCCUUUGUCAAUUUUGAAUAAGUUCUAAAAAUACAAGUGGCAAUGUCUGAAAAAGACUAUGCCCCACUGAGUACAGCAUGUGUACGUGCUCUUCACGACAAAUUAUAUGAAAAACGAAAAACUGCAGCCUUAGAAAUUGAGAAAAUGGUAAAAGAAUUUGCUGCAAUAAAUAACACAAGUCAAAUAAAAAGAUUGUUAAAAGUAUUAGGUCAAGACUUUGCUCUCUCACAGAAUCCACAUGCUCGAAAGGGCGGACUUAUAGGAUUAGCAGCCACAGCUAUUGCUUUAGGAAAAGAUACAAGUAACUACACUGAUGAGUUGAUCAAGCCAAUUUUGGGGUGUUUAUCUGAUCAAGAUUUAAGGGUACGUUACUAUGCAUGUGAAUCUUUAUAUAAUGUUGUUAAAGUAUCAAGAGGAGCAGUAUUACCACAUUUCUCUGCGAUUUUCAACGCUUUGAGUAAAAUAGCAACUGAUCCUGAUCAACAUGUGAAAAAUGCGUCUGAAUUGUUGGACAGAUUACUAAAAGAUAUUGUGACAGAAAGUACAUGUUUUGAUCUGGAAGGAUUUAUGCCAUUGUUAAGAGAACGAAUUUACACUAAAGUCACAUUUGCCCGUCAAUUUGUGAUUUCAUGGAUUUCAGUCUUAGACAUGGUCCCAGACAUCGAUUUAUUAUUUUAUUUGCCCGAGAUUUUGGACGGGUUAUUUAGAAUUUUAGCGGAUACUAACUUGGAGGUCAAGAAAAUGUGUGAAACCACUCUCAGUGAGUUUUUGAGAAAUAUCAAAAGUGAUCCAUCCAAAGUGAAUUUUCCGGCCAUGAUCAACAUUCUCAUAAAUCACGCCCAAGAAAAAAACGACGACUUAGUCCAAUUUAUAGCAAUUACAUGGAUUAAGGAAUUUGUACAGUUGUCGGGUCCAGCAAUGUUGCCCUACAUGUCAGGAAUUUUCACUGCUGUGCUGCCAUGCUUAGCAUAUGACACGGACGCACGGAGAAUGACAGACAUAAAGGAAACAGCCACUGCAGUUAAUUUCACGCUGAUGAAACUGAUAGCGGUACACGGUGAAGAGAAUAAUGUGCGUGUAAAUAGUUCAGGAGAAGAAACUAUCAGUAAGUUAGAUUUACCGUCAGUCGUAGACGUUCUCACGCAGUAUAUCAUGCAUAACUCCAUACAAACCAAAGUAGCAGUAUUAAAGUGGAUACACGAUUUAUAUACUAAGUUACCAGAAGAAAUGGUUAAUCACAUAGAUGUUCUUUUCCCAGCAUUGCAACGUACUUUAGCUGAUGAAGCAGAUCAAGUAGUACAACAGUGUCUAGUCGUUAUUGCGGAAGUUAUUUCAUCGCCAGUUACUAAAACUAGUCCUGUGAAUAGUGAAGGGGCAGUGGUGAAACACUUAGGAUGUGAGACGAAUCCGUACUAUAACAAAUUUUUGAUAAGUCUGCUGCAAUCAUUCAGUACAGAGAAGAGAUUGUUGGACGAACGGGGCUCUUUUAUAAUCAGACAACUUUGUGUAUUACUUAAUGCCGAAGAUAUUUAUAGAAAUUUAGCGCACAUAUUACUUAACGAACCAAAUUUAAAAUUCGCCAGACUUAUGGUUGAACAUCUGAAUAUGAUCUUGUUGACUUCAUCCGAAUUAUUUGAAAUGAGGAGUCGAUUGAAAGAAUUAAGUACCGAGGAAAGCCGUUCUUUGUUUUGUUGCUUAUAUGAAACGUGGUCGUACAACCCUGUUGCUACAGUCGCCUUGUGUUUAUUGACACAAAGUUAUGGCCAUGUAUGUGACUUAAUUAGGUUAUUUGGAAAUUUGGAAGUUACAGUUGACUUUUUGAUGGAGAUUGAUAAAUUGGUACAACUUAUAGAAUCUCCAAUUUUCGCAUAUUUAAGGCUAGAGUUACUACAAGUUCCAUGUGAUAAAAAUCUUAUACGAGCGUUGUAUGGUUUAUUAAUGUUACUACCACAAACCGAUGCCUUUCAAACUUUAAGAGUAAGACUAAGUUGUAUUCCAAGUUUGCAUCUACAUUGUGAUGAAAAGGGUGCAAUAAAAGAAAACCCAAGACCAACGCAUACGAAAAACAUAGACUUUGACAAAUUGUUGCAACAUUUUAUUGAAGUACAAGAAAAAUACAAAGAAUAUAAAAAGAUGACGCGCUUAAAGGAUAUCACUUAUGCCGACAAAGAACUCAGCAACUUAGAAAUAUAAAUAUUAUUAUCCAAAGUAUUAAUUAACCUGACUAUUGUAAUACAUUCCUGUUGAGCCAAA